AUGGAGCAACCGCCGCAGGCCAGCCUCCUUUCUUUGCCAAAUGAACUCCUCGAUCAUGUCAUUUCAUUUCUCUCUUCCGACACCUCUCCAUCCCUGCGGAACUUUCGCGAAAUCCCUGACCACAACAUCUCUGCCUCCCCCGCCCGGGACCUAAAGGCGGUUUCUCGCACGACAUCCCGACUCCGCCCAUUAGCAAGGCCAUAUCUCUUCUCUUACUCUCGCUAUGAACUUCGCGAUCAGGAUCGAUUCUUAUCAUUUAUCCGGCAAUACAGCUUGGGACGCCAUGUACGCUCGCUGGUCAUCUCGGUGCGCUCCAUUUUCCCAGGCAGCGAGAAGCCGUUCUGGUGGAAACAGCUGCUGGCCGAACUCGACCCGGAGAUUAUCACGUUGAUAGCACCCCCGUUCUUCCUCGCAGAUAUCGCUCAGGCUAGUUUAGAAGGGACACAUACAUGGGCGUUUGACGUGUCUCUCCAAACUAUGCACUUCCAGCAGCCGCGACGCGACCGAACCCUGCACGGAGGCAGCCUGGAAUCCACCGCAUCUCCGCCAGAACCAGAUAAGGCGGAAAUGGGCGUAGACGAUGUCGGAAGAUCAGAUUCUUUCUUUACCGCGCGCCCAUGGACAGAAAUUCUUUUCAAUGAAGGCUCCUCUAUCAAGGCGUACCGUAACGAAAAGUACUAUUUUCUUCAUCUCCCAUCUCUCAUGGACCACUGGGGUUCGGUCGAUCCGCUCCAAAAUGCCAUAUUACCAUAUCCAGUAUCGGUCAUAUCCCGUCUAACAUCAUUCCAAUAUACGUCCCUCUUCCCCUUCUACAACCACACGGACCUGGUUCUGAAGGUAAUCCGCAACAUGACAAACCUCCGGUACCUAAGCUUCCAACUGGCGCCAUCUCCGAAAAACCUCCAUAAAACUUUUUCAGAGGAGCAGAAACUGGGUAGCCUGGAUCCUAAGGAGCCAUGGAUGGAGCUUGAUAGGAGUUAUCGGUUGAUAUCACAUUCUGUGAGAUAUCUGGCGGUGCAAGGGAAGCUUGAACAGUUCCGCACAUGGGAUUUUGAAUUGGAAACACUGAGAGAGAGCAUCGUGGCAAAGAUAGAUGGUCGACUGCGCAGCAAGUGGAAGCACGACGGCACAGGGUUGUGGAUCAAGAAUAUUUCUUCACAGGAGAACUCUGUGGUCUCAAACUCCGAUAGCGACUAA